CCUCCCACCUCUUCCAUUUUUGGAAAUUCUUUCUUAUGUACACCCGCUUCGCUCUAUCAUGUAUUUAUAACCAACCAAAAUUUCAGAAUUUAUAGUUUUCUCAGCCUGUUCAUGGUAUGUAUUUCCCAAGAUUAAUCUUUUUGUUCACAAUCUCAGAAUGGAAGCAGUAAGAGAAAAUGUUGUUCAAAAAACGAUAUAUUUUUAGACCAAAAUAAAGCUUAAUUAGUAAGCCCAAUAAAUUACAAUGGAAUUCUGUGAUGUAACUUAUAAUUUUUUGUUAUUUUAAAAUUCAUGUAUAAAAUCUUAAAAAAAAAUUGUUUUUUUACAUCCACCAUGUGCGAAAAACGACAAGACAAGUAGAAACUUAUUUAGAAUCGCUGACUGGAAUCCACCCAUCUCGUGACCACGAAUGUAUCCAUGAGAAUAAUUGUACUGUAAUUUUUGAUAAUGUAACUGCAAGUCGAAGGAGGAGAAGACAGCGAGUGUCAGUCAUUCAGCACACUAAUAGAUCUCAACACAGUAUGGAAACUAUUGACUUGUGUAAUACAUCUCAUGACCUUCCUUCCUGCAUUGACCUUACAAGAGAAGGUGAUGAAGAAGAGGUGGUUGAUCUGACUUCUCUGAAUGAUACAAGUAUUGAAUUUUCUCAUUUGAUCUCACCAUUUCGCCAAAGUGAAAUCCAAGUAAAACAAAGAAAUUUGCGAGCUUUGCGAAGACAACAUUCUUGUUCACCAUUUAGCACAAGCCAGUCUACUAGCAGAUCAAGAUUUUCAGGGUUUGGUCAACAGGAUAAUGGUGAUGAAAGUGACAGUGAUUUACCUGUCUUUGAUCUUGGAAUUUCAAUGAAUGUAUCCAAGAAGAAUGACGAUGAUGAUUCUCCUCCCAGGAAGGAUAUAACUUGCCCAGUUUGUUUUGAUUCAGAUAAAACUAUCCAGUUAUCACAGCGACAACUUGUAUCUACUGUUUGUGGCCAUGUCUUUUGUAAUAUUUGUAUUCACAAUGCCAUUCGAAGUAGUCACUCCUGCCCAAACUGCCGGAAGAGGCUAACACUAAAACAGUAUCACCCUAUAUUUAUCUAAGUGUGGAGAAGAUUACUUACAUGUUAGUGGAUUUGAACAGAUUGGUAAUUAAACAAAUGUAUUUAAAAUAUCUAUUCAGUUUGCUCUGAAUUAAUCAACAACUUAAUCAUGAUGCUAAUUGUGUCAUAGGAGCUACUGUACAUAAUUUGAUAUCUUGUUUUUCUGAAUCACGAGUUUAAUGCCAUGGAUAAUGUCAUGGACAUAGAAAUGAAUAAAAAUCCUAUAACUCGA